AUGAGUUUAGAUGAGGUGCAAUGGUCGAAGCAAUCUAAAGAAAUACCAAUAGUGAUCCCUUUUCUAUUCUCCACCAUGGACAAAGCUCAGACUUUCAUAAAGGAGUGCUUGUUCACCAAAAAUCUGGAAGAUCCUGAAAAACCAAUUAAUGAAAAUAGGUUGCAAGAUACAUUGUUAUUAUUGCCAACCGAUGGAGGUUUAACUUCCAGACUCCAGAAGCAACGUAAAAAAUCAAAGCUGAAUCUCAACAGCUUACAGAACAUUUCCCAAUUAGAAAAUGAAAACGAACAGUUAAAGAAGGAGAACUACCAACGUGUCAACAAAAAUUCUAAAAUCGCAUUGAGAGAGUUUAUUAAUUCUUGUAAAAAAAGCACACAGAAAUGCUUGAAAUUAGCACAUGAAAAUAAAAUUACCGAUAGGGAAAAUCUCUCAAGCUACCUGGAAAAGGACCACCCAGCGAUAUAUGAAGCACUUCCGCAGUACGAUGGAUUUGUACCGAUGUACAAAGAAUUAUGGCUUAACUACAUUAAAGAACUUUUGAGCAUAACAAAUAGUAUAAAAACGCUUAACGGAUCAUCAGCGCUACUAAAAUUAUCUAUGGCAGAUUACAACGGUGCACUAUUACGUGUCACAAAGAGCAAAAACAAAUCUCUAAGAGGUAUUCAGGGCAUUGUGAUUUGGGACUCUCAAAAAUUUUUCAUCCUGAUCGUUAAGGGCCAUCUAAUAGAUGAGAUAAAGUGCAUACCGAAGAAGGGCACAGUGUUCCAAUUUGAAAUUCCACUCUCGGAUACCGAUGACUCCGCAUUGAGAUAUAGUAUUCUAGGUGAUAGGUUCAAGUACAGAAGUGUCGAUCGUGCUGGAAGGAAGUUUAAAAGUCGUCGCUGCGAUGAUAUGUUAUAUUACAUACAAAAUCAGUAA